AUGAAUUGUACCGGCCUCCAGGACACUCCUGGGGGUCCUACAGUCGUGAACGUCGAUGGUCUGCAAACACUAGCAGCUAAUCCUAGCUCCGCUGGAUGCGGCUCAAAUGUGCAGUGCGACCAACGACGGGUGUCAGGUGUGGAGACGCCUGACGAGGGGCCAGAUGCGCUAGAUUUACACCGACAAUCUACAGGGUCGAAGACACUGAAUACUGACGAGCGCUCGCGCGCGGAAAUGGCCAGCGCGGGGGCAUCAAAUUAUGUACAAUCAAGCUUCGUUGCAGCCGACCUCUCGCCACCCAGCGCAGGGCUUUUAUAUAACCAAGUAUGUGCGGAUUUUACCGCUGCAGCACUAAGGAGCAGCAAUAUUUUUCGCAAACCUUGUCAAGUCAGAAACAGGACCGCCGUAGCAGGUCGCGAUAUAGGCAUUGCGCCAGCCAUUGAUCCGAUGGUUCAACAAAUGAACCGUUCUGCACUUCAGAGCAGCCAGGCGUCUGUCUAUGGGGAGGAAGCCAACCUUUCGAACGCAACCAACGUCUUGUCCCAGUCGCGUGCGGUGACGCUCUCGUCGCCUAUUGCGUUGCAUCUUUGCGACGCGAAGGGUAGAAAUGAGGGAGCAGAUUCAGACAGGACAAUUCCAACCCAAUGGGGAAGCGUGGCUGAGUCCGCAACUCGCGCUCAUUCAGAAUGUCUGUUUCAAAAAGCACUCGAGGUGAAGACACAAUGUGGGGCACGCGAGCAACUGAGACAUGCCUUGGUGUGGGGAGGAGACCGGUUGCCGUCACCUGCAGUCUCAGCUGAUGCCUCGCUGUCGCCUGUCAUCGCAGACUCAAGUACAAAUGGUCCCUCUGUCACGCAUGGAGUCGCUCCGUCCCAACAAGGCGGCCUCGCCUUUGACACAGGACGCACAGGCAUUCAUGCGCUCACUGAUACUAAUGCAGCACGACGAAGCUUCACCACUGCCGAAACAUGGAGUCCAGUUGCACUUGAGACCCUGCCCCCGCCCACAAACGCCGCUGGUUCUGUGACCCCAAACCCGGACGCCCCAGACCCUCUUAAAUCGACUACGGUUGCACCGCUCAUCGAAGAGGCGCGUGACGAAAACAUGAAUUCGCUCGUGGAGCGAGCAUUUCGUGAUGCUGGCCGGGAAGACAGCAUGUCACCAGACCAAGUAGUUGACUUUAUCUUCCGAUAUAGCGAAGCCCUGGAACCCGAAGGGAAUGCGUACAGAUCAACUCGUUAG